AUCAUGUACAAGGCAGUCGUCCUCCUCCUGGCUCUAGCCGCCCUGUCCAUGAGUGCCCAAGCUUUCGGGUUGGGCGGUGGAUUAGGUGUACUAGGUGGAUACGGUGGACUGGGUGCACUGGGUGGAUACGGUGGAUACGGUGGAUUCGGUGGAUACGGUGGAUUCGGCUUCCCUGGAGUCGGGAUUGGUAAAUACGGAUAUGGUGGAUUCGGUAUUGGCGCCCUCGGAGGCUAUGGUGGAAUCGGUGCAUUCGGAGGAUAUGGAUUAGGUGGACUUGCAUAUGGUGGCUUAGGAGGCUAUGGUGGACUUGGCGGAAUCGGCGGCUUUGGUGGAAUUUAUGGUAAAGGUCUGUACUAA